AUGUUUUUAGUGCCACUGCCACUAGAACUAAUAAAACGCGAACCAACUACUUUAAAAUACACAUUUCACCAACUAAGCAGCACAAGCAGGAUCUACGAGUACAAAGUUGUGGAGGAGCGCAAGCUGCCGAUUGGAACAUGCGACGUUGCCAAAUUGACCUGCAUAGCAACAAGUCUUGUUUCGGGAACUCCCUACACUGUGUAUUUAGUUGCCUGUUACAGAUCUGGGAAUGAGACGUUUUGCAGUGAAAAAUCGGACCCAACUACUUCAUACACGAGUCCAUUCCCGUGCGAGAUUGUUGGCCUCCGUCCAUCCACGAGGUACACCAUCGCUGUUCGCUCCUGGCUGGAUCUGGCGUUGAGUGACAUUCCCAGUGACGCGAAAACGUGCAGUGUCAGUACUCAGUCAGCACAACCGGCUAACGUUACGCCGUCAUCCAUCACACCGUCGGUCAUGGUGGUUACAUUCAAGGCACCCAACGUUGCGACAGGUAUUGGUCUCUACGAGGUUUCUGUCGUUGGGGGCAACCAAUUCAAAUCUUGCACAAUCCUCUCCACGAACAAACUGGAAUGUCUGCUGGAUGACCUCCUAGCAGCUACCGAGUACCAAGUCACAGCAAGGUCAUGCGUCGAUGUCGUUGAGCCGUUUGUUUGCAGUACAAACGUCACUGUCUCAGCGUGGACACGAUCAUACGUUAAUUUCAGCGUUAUUGUUUCACCAGAAUCGUCUGAGUCGUUACGUACUUCUAUUAUAUCGCCAGUGCAAGUCAAAGGUGUCGAAACUUACGUAGCCUCAGUCGAAGGUUAUGUGGAGUUGACUUGCAUAGUUGACGCUUCAUCUGCUAACUCGUGUGUAAUAAACGGGCUCAAUGCAGCCACAAAUUACACCAUUGCCGUUACUGCCUGGAUAAACGGACACAUUGCAGGCACAUCAAGUGGCAACGGGUGGACGAGACCCACUACUCCCUGUCGACUGUUGCAAUUUGACCAGGGAACAACGUAUUUACGGUGGAAAUUUGCUUCAUUGGAAGACCCACGUUGGCUCUACGAGUACAGAGUUGUCGACGCGACGAACAUCGGGUUUGGGGAAUGCGAGAUCGCGUCGCUAACGUGUGUGGCUACAGCUCUCACUCCAUGCACUACGUACACAGCAUACUUGAUUGCAUGUCUGGUGUUAAAUGGAGUAAACAUCUGCAGCGAAAGAUCUACUCCGGACUACACCACAACCAUACCAAAUUUCCCUUCCAAAAUCAUCGUAUCAACGGUGUCGUCGACGUCGUUGAAUGUCUCCAUUGAGCCUCCGACGGACGCGCCUGCUGGUGUUGAUCACUACAAAGCCGAGAUCCUGGGAGGUGAGCACUUGUGCUGUUCUGCCAAAGCCUCACCCUCUCCAUCCUGCGCAAUUGACGGUCUGAGACCAGCCACCAUCUACACUGUUGUCGUUCGCGCGUGGAUGAGUGGCCGAUUCUCUGGUGUGUCGAGUGCCAGCGCAACGGCCUACGGACGAACUGCACCUCCAAAUGACAAUCCAAAUGAACCAGCUUACCGGCACUGUGGUACUGACGCGUUUCGGUGGCACAUGAGUCAAUUCGGCCAAUUCAUCUAUGAUUAG